AUGGAUCAGCAACACGGGGGGCUCCUCUCGCCGCCGGAACUGUCGCCUCUGGAGCAGGAAGUGUUGGAGGAGUAUGAGCGGCUGGCGACGAAUAUGAAGACGCUGGCCACUCUGUUGGACAAUCUGGCGUCGAAUCCGACGGUCGGGAUACUUGAUGGGCUGCGGGAGCUGGAGCGCAAGACGAGCUUGGCGUUUACGCUGCUCAAGGCUAGUGUGUAUAGCAUUGUGCUGCAGCAGGAGAUUGAUUGGGGCGCUGGUGGUGAGGAGCAG